AAGAAGAAAAAGAAGAAGAAGAAGAAGAUAGUGUGAAGAUAGUUUGCUGUCAACAGUUCGUCUGUUAAUUCUAUUUUAAAAUGAGUCGCACUUAUAACGAUGAGCUUCAGUAUCUGGAUAAAAUCCGCAAGAACUGCUGGCGGAUCAAGAAGGGCUUCGUGCCGAACAUGCAGGUGGAGGGUGUUUUCUAUGUGAAUGAUCCUCUGGAGAAACUCAUGUUUGAGGAGCUGAGAAACGCCUGUCGCGGUGGAGGGUUUGGUGGUUUCUUGCCUGCUAUGAAGCAGAUUGGAAACGUUGCCGCUUUGCCAGGAAUCGUACAUCGCUCCAUCGGCUUACCUGAUGUCCACUCCGGAUAUGGUUUUGCUAUCGGAAACAUGGCUGCGUUUGACAUGGACGACCCGGAGGCUGUGGUGUCUCCCGGUGGCGUGGGGUUUGACAUUAACUGUGGCGUCCGUCUGCUGAGGACUAACCUGGACGAGGGCGACGUGCAGCCGGUGAAAGAGCAGCUGGCGCAGUCCAUGUUUGACCACAUUCCCGUCGGAGUCGGAUCCAAGGGCGUCAUUCCCAUGGGAGCAAAAGAUCUGGAGGAAGCUCUGGAGAUGGGUGUGGACUGGUCUCUGAGGGAAGGAUACGCCUGGGCCGAGGAUAAAGAGCACUGUGAGGAAUACGGCCGGAUGCUGCAAGCCGAUCCCAACAAAGUCUCGUCCAAAGCCAAGAAGAGAGGACUGCCACAGUUGGGGACGCUGGGUGCAGGAAACCACUACGCCGAGAUUCAGGUGGUGGAUGAGAUCUAUAACGAUUACGCUGCGAAGAAGAUGGGCAUCGACCACAAGGGGCAGAUCUGUGUGAUGAUCCACAGCGGCAGUCGAGGCCUCGGCCACCAGGUGGCGACAGAUGCUUUGGUUGCGAUGGAGAAGGCGAUGAAGCGGGAUAAGAUCAUGGUGAACGACCGUCAGCUGGCCUGCGCUCGCAUCAUGUCUCCUGAGGGUCAGGACUAUCUGAAGGGCAUGGCGGCCGCCGGGAACUACGCCUGGGUCAACCGCUCCUCCAUGACCUUCCUCACUCGACAGGCCUUCUCCAAAGUCUUCAACACCACACCAGACGAUCUGGACAUGCACGUCAUCUACGACGUCUCGCACAACAUCGCCAAGGUGGAAGAGCACAUGCUGGAUGGCAAACAGAAGACGCUUCUCCUGCACAGAAAGGGCUCGACGCGAGCAUUCCCGCCUCACCAUCCACUCAUACCUGUCGACUAUCAGCUGACAGGCCAGCCGGUUCUGAUCGGAGGAACCAUGGGCACCUGCAGUUACGUGCUGACGGGCACAGAGCAGGGCAUGACGGAGACGUUUGGCACCACGUGUCACGGAGCGGGUCGAGCUCUAUCCAGAGCCAAAUCCAGACGCAACUUGGACUUCCAGGACGUUCUGGAUAAACUGGCAGACAUGGGCAUCGCCAUCAGAGUGGCGUCACCCAAGCUGGUGAUGGAGGAGGCUCCUGAAUCCUACAAGAACGUCACUGAUGUAGUGAACACGUGCCACGACGCUGGCAUCAGUAAGAAGGCCAUCAAGCUCAGACCCAUCGCUGUGAUUAAAGGCUGAAACAUCACGAUGCUGCACGCAAGACUCUGCAGCUCAAAUAUUUAGCACUUAUGAAGGUGAAGUGGCUCCAGCAUUUUUUGUUUCAUUUCGGGUUUAAGGGUGAACAUGUUUACACGGAGCUACUAAUGUGGAAUAAAACCGUUGCAUCAGCGCCUUGUUCUCCUGAAUCUGUUCGAAUGAUUACGUGAACGCAGCCGCUUCAAAUAAACCUCCAGCUGGAAAUCUGGCGGAGAUUAGUAAAUACUUUAUUGGUCAUGACAAAAGAUCCACAAAAGGGAGUGAGAACGCCUUUCCCAGCAUAUCAAAAAUAAAACAAGUUUGCACAGUCUACCUUUCGUGUCGUCUCUCUCUCCUCUUUUUUGGCAUAAACACAGUGGGUCUGGAGCAUUUCUGAGUAACAGGUCUGUGUUAGGCAAAUCACAGGAAGUCUGAAGCAAAGGCUCAUGGGUAAUGACAAAGAAACAAUCUUUAACGGUCAUUCUCAUAUUCAAAGUUACAAGUUCGUCGUCCAGUUUUUGGAUUAACAUUUUUUUCCUAUCAUGAUUUUUAACCAUUAAAGCCAAUGUGAUGUCGAGACCCAAGAAACGUUUAGGUCCAAACCUUUGCUGAGCGCUUCGCUGACGUGGAAUCCAGGGCUGAAAGGGUUAAGACACAUGCAGCGUCUCUAAAAAUCCAACACAGAUUGUCAUUUUGUCAGCCGUAACGGGUCAUUUCUACAAACCAGACUGAAGCAAAAGCAGAGGUUUUUUUUUACACAAAGUACAUUUCCAAACAAGAAUUGCUAGCAGCGUAACUUAACCAAAAUAUUCCCACUGCAGAUCCAAGGAUCAGACCACCUCGUAGUAUUUUCACAGUUCAUAACAUUACAUUGCAUAUUUCAAGUGGGCUUUAAAGGCAUUAAACGACUGUGAUGGAGCGGACAAACGUUUAGUGUUCGGAAACAAUAUGAGUUACAGAACAGCUUUGAUGGGAAUGCCGUAUUCUAUGGAAAACUAGAGGGGAUUGCUGAUGAUUUAGCAGUUUAA